AUGGAGGCGGCGCUCCUCGAUGCCACAGGCACUGCCAAGCAUGGUGGCAGUGAGGAGGGAGCUGUGGCGUGCGAGGUCAAGAAGCAGCUGUACCUCGCCGGGCCGCUCGUCGUCGGGUUCCUCCUGCAGAACAUGGUCCAGAUGGUCUCCGUCAUGUUCGUCGGCCACCUCGGCGAGCUCGCGCUGGCAAGCGCCUCCCUGGCCACCUCCUUCGCCGGAGUCACCGGCUUCAGCUUGCUGGCAGGCAUGGCGUGCAGCCUGGACACGCUGUGCGGGCAGGCCUUCGGCGCGCGGCAGCACCACCAGCUGGGCGUCUACAAGCAGCGAGCCAUGGUGGUGCUUGCUCUCGUAAGCGUCCCCGUGGCGGUGGUGUGGGCCUACACGGGCCAGAUCCUGACGUGGUGCGGGCAGGACCCGGAGAUCGCCGCGGGCGCCGGCAGCUACAUCCGGUGGCUGACCCCGGCGCUGUUCGCGUACGGGGCGCUGCAGUGCCACGUCCGGUUCCUGCAGACGCAGAACCUGGUGGUGCCCGUGAUGCUGAGCUCCGGCGCCACCGCGCUGUGCCACCCGGCCGUCUGCUGGCUGCUGGUGCGCAGGAUCGGUCUGGGCCGCAACGGCGCCGCGCUCGCCAACGCCGUCUCCUACCUCGCCAACCUCUCCUUCUUGGCCGUCUAUGUCAGGGCGUCGCCGGCCUGCAAGACCACCUGGACGGGCUUCUCGGCCGAGGCGUUCCGCGGCGUCCCCGAUUUCCUCAAGCUCGCCGUGCCGUCGGCUGUCAUGGUGUGCAUGGAGUGGUGGUCCUUCGAGCUCCUGGUGCUGCUGUCCGGACUGCUCCCUAACCCCAAGCUGGAGACGGCCGUGCUGUCCAUCUGCUGGAACACCAACAGCUUCGCAUUCAUGGUUCCCCUGGGACUUGGUGGUGCCGUAAGCACGCGUGUGUCGAACGAGCUCGGCGCGGGGCAUCCGCGAGCAUCCCGGCUGGCAACCCGGGUGGUGGUGCUCCUGGCGUUGGCGGUGGGCGUGUCGGAAGGGGUUGUCAUGGUGCUGGUGCGCCACCUGUGGGGGUACGCCUACAGCAACGAGGAGGAGGUGGUCCGCUACACCGCCAGGAUGAUGCCCCUCGUCGCCGUCUCCAUCGUUUUCGACGGCCUGCAGAGCGUUCUUUCAGGAGGAAUGGCACGUACUCUGCCUGCCCCAUUCAUUCAACAGUUUCUCUGCCUAGCUUCUUUGAAUUUUCAAUUUGAGAAGAGGUUCUUAUUAUCGCUGCUGGUUUGCACACUGAGUGAACAGGGCCUCUGGUUGGGCAUCAUGGGCGGCCUGGUGGUGCAGAUGCUCCUGCUGCUCUCCAUCACACUAUGCACCAACUGGAACAAAGAAGGUGCUGAUACAAACCUGCAAGUUCCACUUGUCUUGACAGAGCUUCGGAAAUGCAUCGCCAUCACAUCUCCGCUGAUCUUGUGUAGUACAUCCUUGCCUCCUCACAUCCAUGGAUGUAGAUUAUGGGGUGGUGUUUGGUUCCAGGCGAGUUCACUUCGCCUCCCCAGCGAUAGCGAUCAGGAACUUGCCAACCCGGGUGAGCCAAUCUAG